AGCGUGACGUUCUUCGUAGCGUCUCUGGGGGAAGUUGAAAGACGACGCACCAGGAAACGAGCCGGUGCGUGUUUGAAGGACUCUUGACGGCAGAAUGAGAUCUGAGUGGAGUGAGUGGUCGCUUGUUUCAGCACAUUUGUGAUUCAUCUGCUGUGGUUUGAGAUGUCAUAAUCAUGAAUGCCCCUCGUCAUCUGUUGCGGAUCCAGUGUAUUGGGCGUGUUGCACGUUUUUUGGGGAAACCUGUACAGCGAUUGAUCCUACCUGCUGGAGCACAUCUGCAAACCCCUAGAUCACAGCACAGCUAUGGCCAGCUUCUGAGGCCAUUUCACAGCAGUGCAGUAUGCUCCACGAGUCGUCCAAGCCAGACACAGCUUGAAAAGACAGUUGAAGAUGAGACGCUCAAUAAAGCAUCUAAUAAAAGUUUAGUCACACAUGAUGAUUUAUUUGAGCGAGCUGCUAGAGACUCAAAGACCAAGGCUGAUUUUAACAGGGUCGUGGAUGUUUUCAGCAAGAAGGACAUUCGACGAAGAGGCCAUGUGGAGUUUAUUUAUGCUGCUCUGAAGAAGAUGCCAGAAUUUGGAGUAGAACAAGACAUUACUGUCUACAACAAACUCCUGGAUGUGUUUCCAAAAGAGGUGUUUGUUCCACGGAACUUCAUUCAGAGGAUGUUUAACCACUACCCACGGCAGCAGGAGUGUGGAGUACAGCUGCUGGAGCAGAUGGAGAACUAUGGUCUCAUGCCGAAUGUAGAGACCAAGGUAUUGCUGGCUCAGAUAUUUGGGGAGAAGAGUCAUCCUAUGAGGAAGUACCAGCGUAUCAUGUACUGGUUUCCCAAAUUCAAGCACGCAAACCCCUUCCCUGUCCCACAUGUGCUCCCCAGUGACCCAGUAGAGCUCGCUCGAUUCAGUCUUACCCGGAUUGCAGAUGACCUGGAUGCUAAAAUAACAAUCUAUCAGUAUCCGUCAACAGACAUCACUGAGACUGGUGAAGAAGUUAUGCGUCCCCAUAUUGUAGGUAUCCAAAGUCCAGAUCAGCGCUCCCUUCUGUCCAAACACAAUCCCUGCAGGCCUGUGUUUGUCGAAGGCCCGUUUCCACUGUGGCUCAGAAAGACUUGUGUUCAUUAUUACCUACUCAGGGCAGACCCUACCCCGCCUGAGGAAAAGGUUGAGGAAGAGUUUGACCCUGAGAUGAUUGGUCCAGAGCAGAGUCUCUUCUACCCUCAGCGAGUGGAGCUCGAGCUGGAAAGAGACAUGGGUGAUGAUUUCAGUUUCAGUGUGGAUGAUGUGGAAGAGGGGGCGGUUUACGCCAUGUGUAUGGCUGGUCAGGGAGACCAGGCUACUCUCUCUCAGUGGAUUUCUGGUCUACAGGAGACCUGUCCCAUAUUAGGCCAGAUCCCUACAGUGUUCCGUCUGGAUUCUGGACCCAGAGAACUGCAAACCUCGUCGGGUGCUCAGCAAACCCCUGAGCAGGAGGUUGAAACAGAACAAAGUAUCGAAGAGGAGCCACUACUCUCACAAAGAGUGAAACAGUGAGAGCCAUGCCAAUGGAGGUGCGUCUUAAGAAGACUGAUUGUGGGAGUUUUAAAUCAAUCUAAUAUGAUGAACCUUAUAUUUUAUUUAGUUACCAGAUAAUGAUUUAUGUCUGGUCUAUUACACACUAUUCUUGAGUUGAGAUCUGACUACAGUAUGCAGAGUUGCUCUAUGAUGUGUAAAUAUGCCAUAAACUGAUUUGGCAGUGCAAUAAAACAUACAUUUCUCCAAUA